AAGAGAAGAGAGAUAGUAAAAUCCAAGCGCUGGGAUUCCUCGCCUCUCAGGCAGCUCUUUUGAACUUUGUUCCUCUCCUGUGAGAGACUAACGGGAGCCACUGCUAAAUGCUGUGUGUGUUUUCCAGCCACCUUCUGGAAAAUAAUACGCACACACAUAUGAUAGCACAAAUGGAUUUGACUCUGGGCAGUGAUGCUGUGUGCUGGAUUAAGGAGUGCUGCUGUUGAAAGAAACAGAGGAUGACUAAAACUGCCUUUUGCACUGACGGAAUGGCAGGUUAAGAGGCAGCAGCUCUUCUUUCUCCUGUUCUUUGUUUUUUUUUCUGUUCUUGCUGCUGACUGCUCCUGCUCUCUCAUGCUCGACCAGCUUUUUGUCAAGACCUCCUGCUGGCACAGACGCACACACACACACACACACACACACACACACACGCGGUUUGUGAAGGUGAGCCGCUGCUGACUGUGCAGACAGGGCUGCAAUGGAGCGCUUCUUUGGGUUUGUCAAGCUGAUAAGGAGGUCCAGGAGACGCAAAGGCAAGAAGUAUCGCCCCGAGGAGGAUUACCACGAGGGAUACGAGGACGUCUAUUACUAUGCCUCAGAGCACCUGCAGAAUGAGGGACCGUAUACCAAACCGUCAAACCCCUCGAAGCCACCAGAGGGAGCACUGGCUAUUCGAAGGCAGAGCAUCCCAGAUGAGUUCAAGGGCUCUACGAUAGUGGAGCUGAUGAAGAAGGAAGGCACCACCUUGGGGCUGACGGUGUCUGGAGGCAUCGACAAGGAUGGCAGGCCCAGAGUGUCAAACCUGAGGCAGGGGGGCACCGCUGCUAGAAGUGACCAGUUAAACGUCGGCGACUACAUCAAAUCAGUAAACGGGAUCAACCUGACUAAGUUUCGCCAUGACGAGAUCAUCAGUCUCCUGAAGAACGUCGGGGAGAGAGUGGUUCUGGAGGUUGAAUACGAGCUGCCACCAGUCUCUGUGCAAGGAUCGGGUGUAAUCUUUAAAACCGUCGAGGUCACUUUACACAAAGAAGGCAAUACCUUUGGAUUUGUUAUAAGAGGAGGCGCCCAUGAAGACAGGAACAAGUCCCGCCCUGUCGUCAUCACCACAGUCAGGCCUGGAGGUCCAGGAGACAGAGAAGGAACCAUUAAGGCAGGAGACAGGCUGCUGAGUGUGGACGGGAUCCGACUGCACGGGACGUCCCAUGCGGAAGCCAUGAGCAUCCUGAAGCAGUGUGGCCAGGAGGCGACACUGCUGAUUGAGUAUGACGUGUCCGUGAUGGAUACAAUAGCAACUGCUUCUGGACCUCUGAUGGUGGAAGUUGCCAAAAGCCCUGGCUCCAGUUUGGGAGUUGCGUUAACUACAUCAAUGUACUGUAACAAGCAGGUCGUUGUCAUCGACAAGAUUAAACCUGCAAGCAUUGCCGACAGGUGUGGUGCACUGCACGUUGGCGAUCACAUCCUGUCCGUUGAUGGCACCAGCAUGGAGUAUUGCACUUUAGCAGAGGCCACCCAGCUGUUAGCCAGCACCUGUGAACACGUCAAACUGGAGAUUCUGCCUCACCACCAGACCCGACUGGCUCUCAAAGGCCCAGAUCACGUCAAGGUGCAGAGGAGCAACAGGCAGCUCACCUGGGAUUCCUGUGCCAACAACAGCAGCAACUUCCUCACCUACCAAAAUUAUAACACCUACCACCCUGACCAUAGCAGGACGCAAGCCUUGAAAUACCAGAAACACGCUCCAAACAACCUUCCUCUGGUGUCAUUGUCCGCCUUUUCUCCUGCCUCCAUGAGCGCGUACAGCCUGAGCUCUCUGAACAUGGGGACCCUGCCUCGCAACCUGUACCCCACCAGCCCGCGGGGGACCCUCAUGAGGAGGAAGCUGAAGAAGAAAGAUCACAGGAGCUCCUUGUCUUUAGCCUCCAGCACUCUGGGUCUCUCUGGGCAGGUUGUCCACACAGACACCACCGAGGUUGUCUUGGUCAGUGACCCCGUCACAGGCUUUGGGAUCCAGCUGCAGGGGGGGGUGUUUGCCACAGAGACCCUCUCCUCUCCACCUCUCAUUGCAUACAUGGAUCCGGACAGCCCUGCAGAAAGGUGUGGGAUCUUGCAAGUCGGGGACCGGAUUGUGUCUAUCAAUGGGAUCCUGACAGAGGGCAGCACCCUGGAGGAGACCAACCAGCUCCUCCGAGACUCCAGCAUCACCAGCAAGGCCACGCUGGAGAUAGAGUUCGACGUCGCCGAGUCUGUCGUUCCUAGCAGUGGCACGUUUCAUGUGAAACUCCCUAAGAGACUGGGAGUAGAGCUGGGAAUCACCAUUAGCUCUCCGUCCAGCAGGAAGCCAGGGGACCCGCUCAUAAUCUCGGACAUUAAAAAGGGCAGCAUGGCUCACAGGACGGGCACUCUGGAGCUUGGGGACAAGCUGCUGGCGAUCGAUAACAUCCGCCUGGAUAACUGCUCGAUGGAAGACGCCGUGCAGAUUCUGCAGCAGUGCGAGGAUCUGGUCAAACUGAAGAUCCGCAAAGAUGAGGACAACUCAGAUGAGCAGGAGAGCUCCGGCGCAAUCAUCUACACGGUGGAACUGAAGCGAUACGGGGGGCCACUGGGGAUCACCAUCUCCGGGACCGAGGAGCCUUUUGACCCCAUCAUCAUCUCCAGUUUAACAAAGGGGGGGCUGGCAGAGAGGACUGGAGCAAUUCACAUUGGAGAUCGAAUCUUAGCGAUUAACAGCAACAGCCUGAAGGGGAAGCCAUUGAGUGAAGCCAUUCAUCUUCUACAGAUGGCUGGAGAAUCCGUCACCUUGAAAAUCAAGAAGCAAGGAGAGGGUGAGCCAGGUCUGGAGCAGCGGCCAAACUGCAGGCCUUCAUCACACACUGAAAUGCAUUCAUUGUUGACAAGCCCUAAGAAGAGCUCUGUGUCGGGGCGGCUCAGCGAGCUCGGUGAUGUGGAUGACGAAUCUCUGACGACGCUUCAGCCUGGCAAGCUGUCCGAUAUCUACGGCACCACUAUCCCCAGCGUGGACAGCGCCGUCGAGUCCUGGGACGGCUCCGGCAUCGACACGGGCUACGGGAGCCAAGGUCCGGGGUACCAGGCGUCUGGGUACAGCUUCCACAGCCACGAGUGGAGAAACGCCAAACACGUGGACAGCCUGUCCCCCGCCAGCCACCAGAGGAACAAUGCCUUCCAGGACAUGGGGCUUAGUGACGAUGAAUGGGACAGACCCACCACUAGUGGCUACACUGGCAUUAAUGACGGCACUGAGCCUGACCAGGAGGAGAAUUUCUGGUCGCAGGCCCUCGAAGAUCUGGAGACAUGCGGUCAGUCUGGCAUCCUGCGAGAACUCGAGGCUUCCAUCAUGUCUGGGAGUACAAUGAGCCUGAAUCACGAGCCGCCCCAGCCCCGCAGUCUCCUGGGCAGGCAGGCCAGCUUCCAGGAGCGCAGCGCGUCCAGACCCCAGUACACUCAGGCCAGCCGCAGCAACACCCUGCCCAGCGCCGUGGGGAGGAAGUCAGUGGCCGUGAGGAAGAUCAAGCAGGAGAUGAAAGAGAUGAUGUCUCCCACCCCUGUUGAGCUGCACAAGGUGACACUUUACAAGGAUUCCGAUUUAGACGAUUUUGGUUUUAGCGUUUCAGAUGGGAUGCUGGAGAAGGGUGUGUACGUGAAUAACAUCCGGACAAACGGGCCAGCUGAUCUAGGAGCCCUCAAGCCUUACGAUCGGCUGCUACAGAUAAACCACGUGCGGACCAGAGACUUUGACUGCUGUCUGGUGGUGCCUCUUAUUGCAGAGUCUGGCAACAAACUGGACUUGGUGAUUAGUAGAAACCCGCUGGCUCGCCAGCAGGGGGCAGAACUGGUCCAGCCGCUUUUACAACAGAGCGUCUCUGGAGAGUGGAACGACCAGGGCACCGCACUUCAGCAGCAGCAGCUUGGACGAUUCGCGGGAAUCGAUAUGAGGGAGCCCACCAAAACCUUAUAGCAAAGCCAACUUUGAACGACUUGAGCGUUCCCAUGGUGCUACAGCACUUUGAAUUGUGCUCCCCCUGUGGCGAUUGGGACAGAUGUCUGUCAAGAGUCUAUAAUAAGCACAGUGAACUUCCUAUGUUACCAGAGCAUGACCCACAGUUAAAGCCCACGGACCCUACUUUCUCUCUUGCCUAUGAUGGGUGUGUUUCAAACCUUUGUGAUGAUAAUGAUGAUGACAAAGUGCUUUCGGUAUGUGAAAAAAGUGCCAUCCCUUAUUUUUAACCCAAGAAAUGUUAAAAGACUAUUGUGCUCACUUGAUUCAAAGAAAAGAACCACGCAGAUGACAUUGAUGCUUUUGUGUUGUACCGACCAAUCUGUGUACAUGACUGAGGUGUUUAAAGCCUUCAAUCCAGACCCCCUUCCUAAGGGGACAUCCCAUAUACAAGACUACUGAGUCCAGUAAUUCAGCAAGGUGAGGCAGAGGCCCUCUAGACCACAUCCCAGCCAGUGGAAGCAGGUAAAACAGCGAAGGGAAAGAAACUGCUGGCUUUAAUCUUUAACUGCAACUGCAGUGGGUCUUCACUUUUCCAAAACCCAUGAAUAUUGUGCUGAUACGGACCAGGGGGCGGUUGCAUAAAACAGCUUCAGCAUUAAAGAGUAAGUAGCGGGUUUCCAGAAAAGAACCCUGCUCCUUACUCUCUAAGUGUUACACUUCAGGAUCAUUUCCCCUUUGUCGAGGGCAUUCACUUAAAUGUGUUGCUUUAAAAGGUAACUCUAACCCAUAAACUCAUGAAACAUUUAAGGGGAAUGCAAAUUGCCCAUUACAUUUAUUGUAGAAAAAUGUGCCUAUGAUUUGACCAUAAGGGAACAUAAGGGAACAUAUAACACAGUCCCUCAGCAAUCAGGAGACACUGUGAUGAAACAGAUGGGAUUGUAGCAGAUUGCUCAGCCUCACACUUGGGUCUUGCCUAUACCUUCUUUUAUAAGGCAGUACGCAUGAGGUGGUGCAGUUAACUCAAGAUAUACAACUGUACUUUUUUUACUCUGCAUCUUUUCCCAAUUUUAGUAAAUAUUUACUAUGCUAGUGUAUAUGGAACUGACAGUGUACAUUGAUGUGCCAUUGCAACUUUGAGUUUGUGGUUAACCAGCUGUUUACUGAGCUGCAGGCUGUACAAAUAGAACUGUGUGUAAGAUGGCACUGUAUGGUAUGUGUGUUCUGAGAGUUUUGGGUCUCUGGUGAAUUUGCUGAAUUGGAUGAGCUUGUAAUGUAUUUUUCCCCCCCAAGAGAAAUGCAAUGUUUUUUUUUUUUGUUUUUUUUUUUAAGUUUGUCCAUAAGAUUUAAAUAUUUUAAAACACAGGUAGAAAAUGCAGUGGUGAAAAGAAGUCAUGUGUGUUCAGAAUGAUUAAAAUACCUGGCUUGCUGACUGGUGUUCCCCUCAUGUAGUCAGUGACUAUAGCACACCCAAUUCUACAUUUCACAGCAAAUCUCACAGUAAAACACCCCUCGUUUCAGCACCCUGACAAAAAUACCAAUAUGGCCCACAACUUUGAAAUGUUUCCAGAACACCCUGUAGCGUUUAAACAAACACAUUACUUUGCCUGUCUUGUGUUCUGUGGCUCUGGCAUCAGCGUUGAUUUGGGAUACAGGAGGGGAUGUCUGCGUGUCUAGACGGGCACUAGAGAAUCACUUCUCAAGUGGUCUGUGUUUCAGUCCCCAGCUUGUUAUUGAUAGUACAAAAAUCAACACAAUAGUGAUCAUGUUGAAUAGAUCACUGCAGGACAUAGACAUACAGCACAGGGGUGUCCUGUAACCCUUUCAUUCUUCACAAUAGUGAUCAUGUUGAAUAGAUCACUGCAGGACAUAGACAUACAGCACAGGGG